AUGCCCAACACUCUUACUCCCGAAUGGCUCAAGACCUGCGUCUACAACCCCGGCCUGUUUGAUGGCAAGGUUGUGUUUGUGACCGGAGGAGCAGGCACCAUUUGUCGAGUGCAAACCGAAGCUCUCAUUCUGCUGGGUGCCAACGCUGCCGUGAUCGGACGACGACCAGAAGUGACACAAAAGGCCGCGGAGGAGAUGCAGCAGCUGCGUCCUGGUGCCAAGGUAAUUGGAAUUGGCAACUGUGACGUGCGAGAAGUCAAGUCGCUGGUGGCGGCGGCCGAGAAGGCUGUGCAGGAGCUGGGUCGAAUUGACUACGUAAUUGCAGGAGCCGCAGGCAACUUCCUGGCUGACUUCAAUCACCUGUCUGCCAACGCCUUCAAGUCCGUCAUCUCAAUCGAUCUGUUGGGCUCCUACAAUACCGUCAAGGCAUGUUUCCCCGAGCUGAGAAAGAACAAGGGUAAGGUGCUAUUCGUGUCUGCUACGCUGCACUACAGAGGAGUCUCGCUGCAGUCACACGUGUCAGCAGCAAAGGCAGGUAUCGACGCACUUUCGCAGGCUCUAGCCGUGGAGCUAGGGCCUCUCGGCAUCGCUGUCAAUUGUCUGGCUCCUGGUCCUAUUGACGGCACCGAAGGUCUCGGACGUCUGCUUCCUUCGGAUGCUCGGAAGCGAUCUCUGCAGCUUGUGCCCGUGCAGAGAUUUGGAACCACAGAGGACAUUGCCAACGGAACCGUGUUUCUCUUCUCUGAUGCGGCCUCAUACAUCUCAGGUACCACUCUUGUCAUUGACGGAGCAGCAUGGCACACUUCUGCCCGAACUACUUACCCGGAGACUGUCAUUGUGCAGGGCAACAAGCCCCCGAAGCUAUAG